AUGCCUAGCCAAAAUUUCCUCAAUGUCUACAAAGGCCCAAACUCAGUUCGGGACUACUUCGACCCGGAGUCGACCCCCCCUUUACCACUCGUAGAGAUCCCGGAUAAGCUCAAUCCAUAUCGACGCGAUGGGGUGAGGAUAUACGCAAAGAUGAUGACGAUGCAUCCGGCCAACAACGUGAAGUCUAUGCCGGCGUUGAAUCUCCUCGAGAAGAGUGUGGUUCCAGGCAAGACCAACACUAUCAUCGAGUAUAGUUCGGGGUCGACCGUAAUAUCGAUGUCCCUCAUCUCGCGAGUCUUCCACGACAUCCCAGAUGUCCGUGCCUUCUUGAGCAACAAGACAAGUAUGGCCAAAUUGCGGCUAAUGCAAUUUUUCGGUCUUGACAUAACGCUCUUUGGCGGCCCGUCCCAACCCGAACCGAGCGACGAGAGAGGUGGAAUAAGAGCGGCCGAAAGAAUGGCUGAAAAUAACGAGUCCAUCAUCAACCCAAACCAAUACGAAAAUGAUGCCAAUUGGAAAUCCCAUGUUAGGUGGACGGGCCCUCAAAUCCUCAUGCAAUUACCAGAGAUUAACUUAAUCUGUUCUGGCAUGGGGACAUCAGGAACCAUGACAGGACUAGGCAUGUUUUUCAAGGAAGCGAGACCUUCAGUCUUCCGUUUAGGAGUAUGCACCGCAGCUGGUGAUAGGGUGCCGGGCCCUCGAUCGUUUGCCCUUCUUGCCCCCGUCGAGUUCCCCUGGAAAUCAGCGGUGGAUCAUAUAGAGGAGGUCGGGUCACAUGACUCCUUCUCGUUGUCAUUAGACUUAUGUCGCGAAGGAAUCGUAUGCGGACCAUCUUCCGGGUUUAACCUCACGGGUCUUUUCCAGUUCAUCGAGAAGCAAAAAGCUGCAGGGACACUUCGAGAUCUAGCGGGUGAGGACGGCGAGAUCCAUUGCGUAUUCCUCUGCUGCGACCUCCCCUACCAAUACAUCAACGAAUACUUUGACAAGUUGAGCCCCGAACACUUCCCCUCAAUAAAAAAUGAGGCACUGACUAAGGUUGACCUAUACCGAUAUGAUGAGGCAUGGGAAAAGAAUGCAGAAACCGCUCUACCUUUAUUCCUGGACGUUAAGAGAUCACCUCGAGAUGUGGUGUUAUCAGACCCAAAGUUGGAAAUGGCAUAUGAGAAGCAUCUCAACGGGUCUAUCGUAGUCAAGGAUGGUGCGAUCAUUAUUGACCUCAGACAACCAAUCGACUUUGACAGGUUCAGCCUGCCCGGAUCUGUGAACUUACCAUUCGCAGACCCGUCGAAACCCAGCCCAUUCUCGGCCCCAACCGUACUAGAAGCGCUAUGGCUAAAGUUAGAAGACUUCUUCAAAACUCCGGGCGACUACGCACACCCUUUGGUGCAAGGAAAACGAAUUCUGCUGCUGUGUUACGACGGUGAUAGCUCACGUGUAGCAACCAGCGUUCUUCGAGCCAAAGGCUAUGAGGCAGACAGCUUGCGCGGUGGAUUUCGUGCAUUGGGUGAAUUGGAUAUUAGACAAGCUAGAGGCGAGUGUGUCGUCAGCAACAGCCCGGGAACCAAGCAAGGAAUAGCGGUGACAUGUGAAGUUCAGCUCGCCACGCCCUCAUGA